GCUGUCAAGCAGCGAGGAGGCAGCGGAGAGGCGACUUAGUUUUUUCUUGGAAUACAUUUCCCCCUCCAUCUCUGAAGCCCACACACAUACACACACUGAAGAAAUAUAAACUCGCAAACACACCGAUGGUCAAGUGUGUGUGUGUGUGAGUGCUGUUGUUACCUUCUUAUAAGGAGUGGUGAAUUAUUUGAAGGAUCUGGACUUACUCAAGCCUGACACACUUGACUGUGAGACCGUUUGGAUUCAGCGUCUUCUUGACUUGGACUUACUCUGUAAUUAGAUUCCACUUUUGUUUUUAACAGUGCACCACUUUGUAUUAAGAGUGGUGUGCCCCUGUGUUGUGUGCGUGUGGGUUGUGUGUGUGUGAGUUCGUGUGGGAUCCAGUACUCGACCUAAAUGCAACACUGAGAUUUUUGACUGAAACUACCUUGGCACUUGUUAGUUGCCUGAAAUUGUGAGAUUGGACUCACACUUGGACUCGCUGUUUUAUUUGUGUGUGUGUGAGGAGAAGGAUGUGUUGGCCAGUGACGGUGGUCCUGCUAGCCCACCUUGGGACCACCCUGGUGGGGGCAUGGAGAGCAUCUCAGCCAAGGCUACAGUUCACACACUCCGAGCUGAUCCAGAAUGGCCGUCUGCUGACGCUGCCCCUAGCGGCCGGAGACCUUCACUCUCUGCUGCCUGACGAAGACGGGAAACGUCUGUACGUGGCCAUGAAAGAUAACCUGCUGUCUACCAGUCUGGAUGACAUAACACAGAACCCACGCAAGCUGUACUGGCCAGCCAGUCCGGACCGUGUCCAAGAAUGUCUCAUGGCUGGGAAGGAUCCAGAGCUGGAGUGCGCUAACUUCCUGCGAGUUCUGCAGCCUUUUAAUCAGACUCACCUGUACGUGUGUGGCACGGGGGCCUUCAACCCCCGCUGUGCUUUCAUAGCAACCGGCGUCUUCCAGCGGUCAGAGCACCAGACUCUCUCGUACAGCCAGACUGAGUGUGGGAAAGGGAAAUGUCCCUACGAUCCGUUCCAGAAAACAGCCUCCGCUGUCGUUGAUGGAGAGCUGUAUGCUGGGAUCACCUCAGACUUCAUGAGCAGGGACUCCGCCUUCUUCCGCAGUCUCGGCAGCCGUCACGUCAUCCGCACUGAGCAGUACGAUUCCACCUGGCUGCAGGAUGCCCAGUUUGUGCGGGUAGCGCCACUGUCUGAAACUGAUAACCCAGAAGAUGAUAAGGUCUACGUGUUCUUCACGGAGCGCGCUCAGGAGGCAGAAGGGGCCGCUGGGAAGGUGCUCUACUCCAGGGUGGCGCGUGUGUGCAAGAAUGACAUUGGAGGCCAGAGGAGUUUAGUUAACAAGUGGAGUACCUUCCAGAAGGCUCGUAUGGUGUGUUCAGUCCCAGGACCAGACGGCCUGCAGACACACUUCGACCAGCUGCAGGACAUCUUUAUCCUCCAGGGGAAAGACAAGAAGAACCCUCUCAUCUACGGCCUGUUUACCACUUCAAGUGAUAUUCUGAAUGGUUCGGCAGUGUGCGUCUACCGAAUGGAGGAUGUCGUUCGGGCUUUCAAGGGAAAUUUCCUGCAUAAGGAGGGUCCUCAGUAUAAGUGGGCAGAGUUUACUGGCAAGGUGCCCUACCCGCGGCCAGGAACUUGUCCCAGCAGCACGUAUGGAAGCUACAGUUCGACCAGAGAGUAUCCAGACGACGUCAUCUUCUUCAGCAGGACACACCCGCUGUUGGAGGAAAAUGUGCUGCCACUGGGAGAACGCCCCCUCCUGGUCAGAGUGGGUGCUCACUACAAGUUCAGCAAACUGCUGGUGGACAGGGUGGAGGCCGUGGACGGCACCUACGACGUCCUGUUCAUCGGCACAGACUCUGGUCUGGUGCUGAAGGCCAUCCAUCUGCCCAGAGAACACGGUCAGAGUCAGGAGGUCACUCUGGAGCAGCUGCAGGUCUUUCAGCACAAAUCACCUGUGACAGCCAUGACACUCUCAAAGAAAAAGCAGUGGUUGUUUGUGGGCUCCAGGGAGGGUGUGUCCCAGCUGGCCCUGUACCAGUGUGAGCUGUACGGUCAGGCCUGUGCCGAGUGUUGCCUGGCCAGAGAUCCUUACUGCACCUGGGAUGGACACGCCUGCAGCCCCUACAUGCCCACUGUGCGCAGGAGGAAUGCUCGUCAUUUAGGGGAGGAUGAGGAUCCACUAACUCAGUGUGUCAGACAGGGAGCUGCGCUGCAGGUGGAGGCGGAGCAGAGGGUGAUGAUGGUUGCCGAGGGUAACAGCACCUACCUGGAAUGUCUGCCUCGAUCCAGACACGCUGCUGUUACCUGGUACAAACAGGCUGGAGAGAACAGCCCUGAACUAAACCAGGUUGUAACAGGUGACCAGUUGGUGGUUAUCGAGCGGGGUGUCCUGAUUCGUCAAGCCGAGCUGUCUCAUGGUGGCGUCUACCACUGCCAGGUGGAGGAGCACGGCUACCACUGGACCGCCGUCACUGUGCGCCUUGCCGUCUGGAGCCCCUCGGCCAAUCUCCUCCUUUCAUCCUUGUCCAGCUCGUCCUAUCAAAGCACAGGAACCCAGCCCUGGUACGAGGACGUGAUGGCGCUGAUUCACCCGGGAAACCUGGGCCAGCACUGCAAGGCUCUGGGAUACCGCCCCCCGCGCAACCACCAUCGCCAUGGUGACAUCGCGGUGGUGCCGAACAAGGAGAAAGAGAGAGGGGAGAGGCACAAGCACGGAGGAGGAAGAGGAGGAGGAGGAGGUGGGGGAGGAAGAGCAGCAGGGAGGAAGAGCAGGAGCAAGCCUCAGCAGAGGGCACCAAGGAGCGCUUGAAUGUGUCGCAGAGCAGGAGGGUGGAUUUCCAGUGACUUAAACACACACACAUUUAUCUUAGUGUACACACCAAUACACACAUUUACACAAACACACAUGUACGCACACACACACACUCACUUAACUUAUACACUGAGACACACAUACUGUGUACAGAGACUACGACAUGCGCAUGCACUUAUCUACAAACAAAAAAAGGCAUCCUUUCAUUACCGCGACAAACUUUCAAACUAAGCUACACAAACAACUGGAGUAUGUACAGGAGGAUGUGAACAGCAGAGACUGUUUCACCUGGACAGUUGUUAGUAAAAAAGAAAAGUAGUAAACAUUAGGUUGCAAAGCAUGCUGAAUGAAGGAUGAACAGCAUGUCCAGAUCACUGAGUGUGACUGACUGUGUCGUGACAAGGACAUUCAAAAGGAUGUUUUGGAUUUGGAGCCUCUACAGAAAGAAAAAAAAAAUGCAAAAGUUCAGCAUUAAAAAAAAAAAGUAUCCAACCCUUCUGAAAGGAUUGCUGUCUUAAAGGACCACCAUACUUUUUGCAUGUUUUUGCCCAUUAAUUACUAAUCACAUACUGCCAGUCAUUCUCCAAGACAGAACAGAUGUUUUUAGAUUGAUUUCCUACCUUCCAGGCAGACACUGGUUUCCAUUUAUUUCAGUAUGCCCUUAAAACUAGAAAAAUGUCAUGUCAUGUUAUUGCAUUUGCAGGACGCGUUUUUCUAACUUUGUGUGGAAUAUGAAAGGAUAUGUUGGAAAAGAAACAAUACGGGCAGCACAUACAUAUAUGUGCUGAAAAGGACUUGGUUGUUGUAAAAAAUCAAAUCAAAGAGUUAAUAAUACGACAAAGUCUGAACAAAAAAGAAAGUUAAAUAAAUAAAUAAAUAAAUAAAAGUGUCUAUUGAU